AUGGCUGCACAGAUCAACACCGCCAUGUCCACCACAGCAGUUGAAGGCGUCGCGAAAGAUUGGAGCCACAACCUCCCUCCAAACCUCGCCAAGGAUCUCUGGGAAAGUGGGAAUUAUUCAGACCUCCUGAUCAAUACCCCGACCCACACAUUCAAGGUACAGCAAGUGUUCGUCUGCUCACGGGCGGGCACCUGGACUCAGGGCCUUCGUUCAAGCGAUGACCGAUUCAGCCGUGGGUAUCUUACUCAUCCUAUUCUUACCAACAAGUACAUGCGACUAGAAGACAAUCUCCGCGUCGUGCUGCGGUGGACGGAUGGUCUACCAAGCCCACAGAUGCGCCUCAAUGAGAGGCCAACGGAAGCGGAAGCGUUAGAGAACUUCAUGUGUAUACUGCCAGUGCGACAUGCGUCUUUCAUGUGGGCCAUGCAGGAUCUGAUCGGACAUACUUCUGAGAUCAUCGCUGAACGUUUUGACGAUUGUCGCUCGAUUUGCCGUUUUGCACAGAUGUGUGUUCUGCUUUUCAGGCAGAUCCUAGGCCAGGAUGAGGCAGUCGCAAGGCUGGUAGCAAGGUUUGACGAGGCGGUUAAGGACAGUGAGUCCUGGAAGAUCUUGAAGGAGAAGGCAUUGUUGAAGGAGGUUGAUAAGGUGCGCAAGGCAGAGAACUGA